AUGGCUCCUCUCACCGCUCUGAUAGCUCGAUAUCCCGUUCUCCAAAACCUCUCAUCUUUCCUGUCGACGAUAGACCUCUUCAACCUAGCACGUACCAACCGAACCCAUUACUCAUACAUUUUACUCUCGCGGACUACUUUUGAUGCUCUGUGCCGCGACUGUCUCUGCGACGGCAGCGGCCUCGCUAAGCGUCAAGAUUUCUUCGGAUUAUAUAGCCUUGAACAUCGGAACUAUUGCUGGGGCAACAAACGCAGGAUAUGGCAAGACGAGCCUAUUGAAAUUCAGCUAUAUGGUACCAAGUGUGAUAGUGCACGCGCUUUGCCAUGCCGAAAAUGUAGCAUCAAUGUCUGCGAGGAAUGCCGGUACUAUCCGCGCGAGCCUCCACUAGCAGGCUAUCCUAGACGCCGUCCACAUCUCAACAGCCCUUGUCAGAAUGAAAACAUAAUAUGUCUCUGUCCCGACUGUGACACCAAAACGGAAUCUGAGGAAAUCCAGGGCGAAUUCCUAAACGAGCUUUGUGACUGUGAUAUCUACACACGCUGGAUAUGCCACAAAUGCGCCUGGGAAGAAGAGUACUUCACUCGGGACCAUUAUGCCCAUAAUACGGCCCACGAAUGGGAUGAACAGCGAUGGAAGGAUGGCGAGGACAAAACGAAAAUGAUGGUUGACCACCAGCAUCCCAUAAUGUUCUUCUGUCCGUGUGGUGCUUACGUUCCCACGGACACUCGACCACGAUGCACGUGGUGUAAACGGAGACAUCUGCCAGAGGAUGAGUGGAAUCAAGAAUUUGUGGAAGUGGGUUCUAAGAUGCCGAUCUUCGACAGUGACCCGUGCUAUCCACCGUAUGUCGGAGACAAUACCGCGGCAGAUAUCUGGAACGACCUCGGGCGACCCUAUCCGCCGCUCCAGUACGAUGGCCCAAUAUGGGAGGCGCCUUAG